AACUAAUAAUUAGGUAAGUAACCUUGAAACAUGAAAUAAGGAAAUAUUUAAGUUGUGAUAUUCGUAGAGUCUACGACGUAGACCAUAACCUCUCAAAAUGUUUUUGUUGAAAGUUAUAACUAUACCACUAUAUUUAUACACUAUACAUUUUAGUGUAUAAUCCUUUUUUUCCAUAAAUAUCAUGUAUAAACAUAAGUAGUUAUUUAAGAAAAAGAUUUAAAUUUAAAAGAAAACAUGUGAUUGUGAAACAUAAAAAAAUGGAUAAAGAAAAAAGUAUAAUUGGAUAUUGGAUAUCAGAAAAGAAACAGCAGAAGUUGAAUUGGAAAGAAUUUAAAAAUAUUUGUGAGCAAAAAGGUUUUGUAUUAAAAGAGAUUAAUCUUGAUAGUAAUCUUGAGUCUCAAGGACCAUUCCACGUCUUCCUUCAUAAAUUAACCGAUACGUUAGCAUUAGCAGAGAGUGGUGAUCAAAAUGCCAAGAGAAUUGUGACUAAAGCUCAAGAAUAUUUGUAUCAACAUCCAGAAAUGAUACUGAUAGAUCCUUUUGAAAAUGUUAAAAAUCUAAAUAAUCGUCAACAAUCUUAUUUAAUGUUACACAAAGAAAUCAAAUCGAGUGAUAUAUUUGUUCCGAAUACAAUCCAAUUGAAAUCCGAAAAUGCAGAUGAAAAUUUAAAGUACUUGAGAUCAGCGGGUAUUAAAUUUCCAUUUAUAAGUAAACCUUUAUUUGCUCAUGGUUCCAGUGAUGCUCAUAAGAUGAUGAUAAUAUUCAACGAAAAAGAUCUCAUGGACUGUCAAUUACCUUGUGUGGCACAAGAUUUUAUUAAUCAUAAUGCAGUUUUGCACAAAGUUUUUAUUGUUGGAAAAUAUUUCCAUGUUGUUGAAAGACCAAGUUUGAGAAAUUUUUAUCCAAUCGAUUGCGAGCAAUUGAGCACACUAUUUUUUAGUUCACAUGAUAUCUCGAAGAGUGGAUCAAAGUCACAAUGGUCAGUGAUAUCAAAAGAAGAUCAAGCUUUGAGAAUUGAACCGAACCAUAAAAUUAUCCAGUAUAUUGUUGCAAAAAUGACGAAAAUUUUUGGAUUAACACUUUUGGGCGUUGAUGUAGUCAUUGAAAAUCAUACUGGAAAAUAUGCUAUUAUAGAUGUUAAUGUUUUUCCAGGAUACGAUGGUUAUCCACAUUUUUUUACACAUUUAAUUGACACAAUUACAAAUUUUAUUACCGAACGGCGAGUGAAUCAUAAUUUAGACUGUUCGAUAUUAAAAAAAUGUAACGAAGAAUUAGAUUCAGGUUUUGAAAGUGAUGAUAAAAAGAAACAACCUAUUAAAUAAUUGUAUUAACUUUACAUUCAAUUUUAAAGUACAAUGAGAUUAAUUUAAUUUAUAAUAAUUAAU